AUGACAUAUAAGCUCGAUUUACCCCAAGAGCUCGAACAUGUUCAUCACACAUUUCAUGUAUCGAAUCUUAAGAAAUGUUUAACUGAUGAAACAUUGGUUGUACCUGUGGAAGAGUUGCAAGUGAAUGACUCUCUUCAAUUCAUUGAGGAACCUGUUGAAAUUCUAGAUCAACAACUCAAACAACUUAGACGUAGUCGCAUCAAGUUGGUCAAGGUUCGUUGGAACUCGAAACAUGGACCUGAUUCGACUUGGGAACGUGAGGACUAUAUGAAGGAUAAGUAUCCUCAUCUUUUUACUGAGCAAGACUUGAUUUCGGGACGAAAUCCUUAG